AUGUCGUUGAACUGCUCGUCCUUAGCUUGGACUCACACGCUUUCCAAUGAUGUGCAGGAUUCACUGGAGGGCCUGUAUGGUGCGCCGAAGCUCCCGAAGCACCCAUCAUUCAGCAUCAGGAAGAGCACUGUUCUGGCCACACUGGACUUUGUAAAGGCCCUUGGAGACAUUUCCUUUGGGCUCGUGGAUGUCUUUCCCAACGAGGACAGGCAAACGGCUCUCGGGGAGGGGUGCUUCAGAGUGGUGAGGCUGCUGGAGGACGAGGCUGUGCUCAUGAGCUCGCGGGACAGAGUGCCCUUCAUGCUGCUGCUCGAAGUACUCAACUGCCUCCCCUUGAGUGCACGCAAGGCUGGCACAGCACCCGAGGGCAUGGCGCCGGCCAAGACUGGCAUCCCCCUGGCGGCCAGCCAGCCCCUGCCCAUGCGCCCGCCCCCCUGGGCGCUGCACAUGUGGAGCCAUGCGCGCCCCGCCUCUCAGCACGCGCAGGACGCCCCCUUGGGUCUGUCACGCACGUUGUCAGACAUGGCUCUGGACCGCGCCAUGGCCAGCAUGUACUCCCGCAUGCGCCUCGUGCAGCUCAGCCUUGAAGUCUGCAAACGACCACCUGCCACUGCUGCUGCUGCUGCUGCUACUGCUGCUGCUGCUGCUACUGCUACUGCUUCCGCUCCUGCUGCUGGUGUGAGGACAGAUAUCCUGAGUCAAGUGCAGCAGGCAGUAGCAGCUGGAGCAGCACUGGCUGGUGCAGGCAGCAAGCCCAACCCGAGUUCAAACACCCCAUCUGUGGCCUCCAACACGGAUACAGAGAAGGAGGGCGAUGCAGGGCAGGCAGAGUGGGAGGAGUACGUGAGUGUGAGGCUGGUGGCGGUGCCAGGGGUGACUCUUGAUGACCUCACAGGCCUGGAUGCUGUCAGCCUCUCCCGUGGUCGAGCCAGAGUGCCCAGCAGCCUUGCCAUCGCACAUGUCCGGGUACGUGCCUCCUGCCCCCCCUGCACCUUACGUUCUAUAAUAUCAGCUAGCCUGUAA